UCUACAAACACGGUGAGUCAUGUCAUCCUCUCCCAGGAUUGCUACCUGUUCCAUUUGCCACAUGUUUACCAUAGCUCUCUCUGUCAGCGACGAGGGAUUUACAUGUCAUAAAUGUGGGGAAAUAGUCAGGCUGACAGAGAGAAUCUCAGAAUUAGAGACACGCAUCCAAACUUUAAUCGAGGAUAGUAAGAAUGCAAGGGCUUCAGAUACUGUUUUGGAUGCGACUAGCUUAGUGAAUUCUGUACAUUGUUCGGUUCCGGCUGUAGAGCCCGCACAGCAGGGCACUUGGGUAACGGUGAGGCGGCCUAGCCGUGGAAAACACCACUCUUCCGUUCCAAUAAGAACAUCAAACAGGUUCUCCCCACUCAGUGAUACACCCACUGAGAAUCCUGUUGAAAGUGCCCUAGUUAUUGGCGAUUCUAUUACACGGAACGUGAAAAUAGAGACACCAGCCACCAUAGUCACAUGUUUGCCGGGAGCCAGAGCACCUGACAUCAAAGCAAAUUUAAAAGUGCUGGCUAAUGCUAAUCGUAAAUAUUCUAAGAUUAUUAUUCACGUCGGCACUAAUGAUGUUCGACUUCGCCAGUCGGAGAUCACUAAAAUUAACAUUAAAGAGGUGUGUGAACUCGCAAGUACAAUGUCAGGAGAAGUAAUUUGCUCUGGCCCCCUUCCUGUUCGUCGGAGUGAUGAGAUAGUUAGCAGAUUAUCAUCACUCAAUGGCUGGCUGUCUAAGUGGUGUCCGCAUAAUAAUAUAGGUUUCAUAGACAAUUGGAAAAGUUUUUGGGGCAGACCUGACCUGUUGAAAAGAGAUGGUAUUCAUCCCUCCCGGGAUGGUGCUGCUCUUCUCUCUAGUAAUAUGGCACAUAGUCUUAGAGCUGAAACAUGACAAACUGGGGCCCAGGUCAGAAAGCAGACAGACUGGCUAAACCGACCGUCUGCUAGCUGCCUCACGUUACAGAAGUCAGAAAAUUCAGAUAACUCCCAACACAUAGAAACUCUUACACCUAGAUAUUUUCAAAUAGAG